AUGUUCUACUCUCACCAGCUACUCGCUCGCAAAGCUCCCCUCGGUCAAAUCUGGAGGGCAGCAACAGUGCACAUGAAAAUCAAUAGAAAGAAUCUCAACAAGCUGAACAUCAUCAACAUCUGUGAUGAAAUACUGAAUCCAACAGUACCAAUGGCUCUUAGACUAUCUGGAAUCCUCAUGGGUGGAGUCUGUAUCGUAUACGAGCGGAAAGUUAAACUUCUCUAUGAGGAUGUGACCCGUCUUCUCGUGGAGAUUAAUGAAGCCUGGAAGGUGAAACCUGCUCGAGAUCCAACGGUUCUUCCUAAGGGCAAGACUCAAGCCAAAUAUGAAGCCGUUACACUCCCUGAUGACCAAAUCUCAGACUUAGGAGAGGAUCAACAUAUCUACUUUUCUAAUUCAGACACACUAUUUCAGAUAAACAGAAGUGCUUAUACUGAAAUGAAUCUUGACAACAUAGAUGAUUCGUACAUCAGCCACAACCAGGCCGAAGCUGACCUGCCUCAUGAUUCUCAUCAAGUUGAUAUUGAUCUUAUCACGAUAGUUGAUCGCUUUGAUUCACACCAGACUGAUGCAGGUCUUUUCAAUCGGUUUGAGAGGUUUGACAUUGAAGGUGACCACAUUGAACAAAACGAAGGGACACAAGGCCAUGACCAUACUGACAUGCCAUAUACUCAUGUCCCCUCUCCACCUCCACAAGCCGAGCCUCAAAAUCCUGAUGAGAUACGAGAGAAACAUCCAGAGGAUCAUGCCAAUCAUCAAUCUGAUGAGCACAAGGCCCAAGAUAGUCCACAGAUUAAAAGACCACCUAGAAAAAGAGCAAGACGGGCCCCAAUUCCAGUCAUGGAUUGUGAGCAAACAAUAAUUCCCGGUCCGAUGUAUCAAUCAUGGCUUCAGGACACUUCUGAUAUUGUCUCAAGAAGUGGCAGAGGAAGAAAGCGAAAGCACUCGGGAAGCAUGAACUCCAUAAAGAUAGCCAGGCUCAUGGAUCUACCACCAGUUGCUCUAGUUUGUGGCUUGCUUACAGAUGGAAAAUCCGAUAUCUAUUAUCCUACUCCUCUUUUGAAACAAUGGAUGAAAUGUAAACCUGUGCUUGAUUCCCCUUCCGCAGAAACAUUGCCACCACAUGCACCAGCAUCGUCAUCAUCACCACCACCAGAAACAAAUAACUAUCAUGACCCCACCUCAUUUCCUUUUGAAGAUCAUCAUAGUGGAGUUGGUUGCGGAUCAUUGGAGAAAUCCAUGGAGACAGCAAGGCCGCCUAUCGAUAACAAUGAGAUGCGUCCUGAAAUCCCCAGUGACCAGCUGAUAGACAUCCAUAUAAACAAUGGAGUAAGUGUAACUGAGGCUUAUGGGGGGACAGCAGCUGCAACUGAUGCGGCAGUUACACCUGCAAACUCAAUAACAGGUGAUGGUGUUAAAUCUAUAAGCUCGGAAUCUGGAAACAUGUUUGUCACUUUUGGAAGGUCUAACCUGAAGAAACGUGUCUCGUCAUCUAGACUAAGUGGAAGUAGCCUUGAACCAGUGGCAGAGGAGUCCUCACUAUCUGAUCCAAAAUACAAGUUAGCUAAACUAAAUGAAAACGAGAUGGAACCAGAGAAUGAUCUAUGUGUGGAAACUGGACCAACCCAAACCCAAAAAGUUCCAAUGCCUGAUCAACAAAUGGAGCAGUUAACUGACUCCAUCCGCUUGCAACUGAAGACACAUUUUGACACACCAGGGGGAUCUGCUGACACUUCACUUAACCAGCUUGCAAUGGGAUUGGACAGGAAAGGGGCUGCUUGUUUAUUUUAUCAGGCUUGUGUUUUGGCGUCUCGUGACUUCAUAAAAGUGCAUCAGAAACAACCUUAUGGAGACAUUCUAAUUUCAAGGGGUAUCAAGAUGUAACAGGCAGGCAAAGUUAUUCAAAUUUAUCCAGUAGUUUAUUCCCAUUUUAUAUAAAGCUAACCAUUAUCACUUCUACUAAAGCUACAAAAGCUUUUCAAUUU